UGUUCCAGAAGGAAGUGCAUCUUCAUACACCACCACACCUGAAAGCAGGUAAUCUUGGCCACCCUCUCAGUCAGCUGCGAAUGCUGCUCAUGUUGCUUUGCUGGGGGAGAGUUAGACAAGGCCUUCAUCUGAACAAGCUUUUGCUGUCAGACCAUGUCUUUCUCUGACCCCAUAAUGUUGUUUGAGAGCUGGCUUUCGAAGUCAGCCUCAACAAUGGCAAUUGGUUUGUCUUCCCAACUCUCAGUCCACACCAAGAUUAGACCCAAAGGACCUUUUGCCCAAGCUUCCCACACGAGAGAAAAAAAGAGUACAAAUGGCCUGGUAAUUGCCCCUGGAAAUUACCAGUAGUGUUCCCAAGAGAGUUGAAUACUUUUACUGUAAUCCUGUAAGAAUAUAUAUGUAUAGCCAAGCCCAGUGACUGUUCCUCUCUCAGAACUUGAGAGGAUCCUGAAGUUAUCUGUAGUAAAUCCUUCUCAAUAAAGGGUAUGUUCUAUCAGGUGUAGUGGUGCAUACCUUUAGUCCCAGCACUUGGGAGGCAGAGGAAGGUAAAUGUCUGAGUCAAAGCCAGCCUAUUUUGCAGAGUGAGUUCCAGGGAAGCCAGAACUAUAUAUACAGAGAAACCCUUUCUUGAAAAUACACCCCCCACCCUCCAAGUUUUGUUUCCAGGAGCUAGAGAGAUGACUCAGUGGUUAAGAGCACGUGCUCUUCUUGUAGAGGAUCUAGUCUAACUCCCAGUACCCAAAUGGCAGUUCAAAACCAUCUAUGACUCUAGUUCCCAGGGAAUCCAUUCCCUCUUGUGGCCUCCAUGUCUACCAGGAACACACACACAGCACACAUUCAGGCACUCACUUAUAUAUGCAUAGAUAAUAAAAUAAAUAUAUCUUUGGGAAAAAAAAAAAGAUAUUUAAGGUUAGGUAGCCAGCCUGGAUUAAGCUUGGUAGUGACCAGCAUAUAAAUGAAAACAAAACAAAAAGUUGGAAAGCUGUGUGGGGGUGGUGCAUACUUUUAAUCCCAGCCUUCAGGAGGCUGAGGCAGGUUGAUCUCUGAGGCCAGUGUGAGUUCUAGGACAGGCAGGGCUACACAGAGAGACCCUGUCUUGAACAAACACCAAAAAGAAUGGCAAUGAGAGCCCGGAGAAAGCCUAUCAGUUCCACACCCAUGCUGCCUGUGUGCCGUACCUGAGUCAGGUUUCCAGCAGCCACAGAAGGUGGCUCACAUGGCCUGGACCUCCAGCUCCAGGAGAGCCAAUGAAUGCUGCUGGCCCCCAGACACUGAAUUACAUCCGUUUCAGGGUCCUGGCCAUGGUGUGCAUGUGAUCAUCUGGACAACUUUUGAGAGUUGGAUCUGGCAGGGUCAAAGUCAAGGCUGCUAGGCUUGAGAGGCAGCCAUCUCCCCAUCCCGACACACCAUCAUUAGUGUGUGUGCAGGUCAGAGAACAACUUGUGCGAGUUGACUCUUCACCUCCACCCUCUGCCAAUGUAGCCUUCAAGGAGUGACAACCCAUGCCCUUACCUAUCGUGCAAGACCAGUAAAUUUUAAAUUCUACGUGUUAGAAAAGGGACAAGGUCAGCUCACCGACUGUGGUGAAUGGAAUGUAUGUCCUUUCCAGAACCUGGUCCACGUGCAGUCAUGGCAGCUGAGUCCCUGCCUUUCACCUUGGAGACGGUGUCCAGCUGGGAGCUGGAAGCCUGGUAUGAGGAUCUGCAGGAGGUCCUGUCCUCAGAUGAAAUUGGGGGCACCUAUAUCUCAUCCCCAGGAAACGAAGAGGAAGAAUCAAAAACCUUCACUACUCUUGACCCUGCGUCCCUAGCUUGGCUGACAGAGGAGCCAGGGCCAACAGAGGUCACACGCACAUCCCAAAGCCCUCGCUCUCCAGAUUCCAGUCAGAGUUCUAUGGCCCAGGAGGAAGAGGAGGAAGAGCAAGGAAGAACUAGGAAACGGAAACAGAGUGGUCAGUGCCCAGCCCGGCCUGGGAAGCAACGCAUGAAGGAGAAGGAGCAGGAGAACGAGCGGAAAGUGGCACAGCUAGCUGAAGAGAACGAGCGGCUCAAGCAGGAAAUCGAGCGCCUGACCAGGGAGGUGGAGACCACACGGCGGGCUCUGAUCGACCGCAUGGUCAGCCUGCACCAAGCAUGAACAGUGGGCAUCACCUCCUGUCUGUCUCUCCGGAAGUGUACCCAGCACCAUCGCGCCAGCGCCAAGCAUGUGACCCUGCACUGCACUGCACAUGCUGAGGAGGGGACUGAGGGUAGACCAGGAGAGGGCUCGGCUUGCACAUAGACGGUACAUUGUUUAUUACUGUCCAUGUCCAGUAAAGUGACUUUGUGUCAACA